AUGCCAGCCCGCCUGAGCUGCGAGUCUGAGAAAAGACCCGGCAGUCAGUGGUCGCCUGCCAGUACACGGACCAAUCUCAAUCUGGUGGGGGUCGACCGGCACCUAGCACACCACCAGCCCAGCACCUCCAACGCCAAGCAGUCGUCCGACUUGCAGGAUUCGGAUCCGAGACCGGGGUCCGGAUUAGACCAGAACACCAGCAAAACCGCCGUCAAUGAUCUGAGCGACGACUGCGACCGCUACGAAGCCGAGAACGAACCGGCGACUACGAGAAUAACCAAGAGGAGAACAAGUGCCGAUCUGCGGUCCGUGGCUGCGAGAAGCCGCCGCGCAGGAAACUUCAAUUGGAAACUGGCACGGUCGCGUGAUGCAUCUCCCGAACACCUAGCAAACUCUCCAUCUCACGAAACGCCCGCCGUCAAUCCUUCUCUUAUCAUCGGCGACGGCAUCGACGGCCUUGCUGCCCCAAGCCCCAGGAUGGAAAAGCUUCCAAUCGAGUCGAGGGGGAGGCGAGGGCCCAACACAAAGACCUACCGAUCGAGAAGCCCAUGGUAUACGUCAAUGCGCACCUUAAUGGUUACAGUGGCCGGCCUGUUUUGCCUAGGCCUUAUCGUUCAUUCGCUCAAUACCAGGCAGCUUGACCCAAAAGGCUGCCGGAUGGCUUGGAUGCACCCCUCGUACCACCAGCUCGACGAGUUCGAUACCGAACACACCCGCUUUGCCAGCAAAUACUCUCUGUACCUCUACAGGGAUGCCGGUAUUGACCGGGACACAAAGCUGAGGGGCAUACCGGUCCUUUUCAUCCCAGGCAAUGCUGGAAGUUACAGACAAGUUAGGUCGAUCGCUUCCGAGGCCGCAACCCACUAUCACGAUGUCGUACGACACGACGAAAAAGCGCUCAGGCGAGGUGCUCGGCCUCUUGACUUCUUCUCGGUUGACUUCAACGAGGACUUCACCGCGUUCCAUGGCAGGACACUGCUGGACCAAGCCGAAUAUCUAAACGAAGCUGUGCGCUACAUUCUAUCUCUAUAUCUCGAUCCGCGCAAGUCAGAGCGGGAAUCGGGUGUACCUGACCCAACUUCGGUCAUCGUCAUCGGCCACUCCAUGGGUGGCGUGGUGGCUCGUACCAUGUUGACGAUGGCGAAUUAUCAAGCCAAUUCUAUAAACACCAUCCUCACAAUGUCGGCACCCCAUGCUCGAGCUCCUGUCUCUUUUGACGGUUUGAUGGUUCGCACAUACAGGGAAAUCAAUGACUACUGGCGCCGCGCCUUUCUGAAGCUUUCGCCGAGGGAAAACCCCCUGGAACAGGUGACACUGGUCUCCGUGGCUGGUGGUGGUCUGGACACAAUCGUGCCUUCGGACUACGCAAGCAUUGAGUCCCUCGUUCCGGGAACGCAUGGAUUCACAGUCUACACGUCUUCCAUACCAACUGUGUGGACUAGUAUGGACCAUCAAGCCAUCAUGUGGUGCGAUCAAUUCCGCAAAGUGGUCUCCCGCGCUUUGUACGAUAUCGUGGAUAUUCGUCGGCCAUCUCAGACAAAGGGGCGGUCAGAACGCAUGCGCAAGUUGAAGCGAUGGUUUUUGACCGGCAUGGAGAGCAACAUGGAGAGGGAUUCUGCUCGUUCCGAAGCAAGUACACUACUAAUCCUUGACGAUACCUCGAAUGACAUUGCCAGGCAAGGAGAGCGAUUUGUGUUGCGUGAAUUCGGCUCUAAGCCUGGUGGGAAGGGAAGGGCAUACCUGCUGCCGAUACCGCCGCCUAAUUCCCCUGCUGGGAAGCAAUUGAAUAUCCUGACCGAUCAGAGACUGGGUAACUCUGGGGAUCCAAGUCAGAUUGAAGUAUUGUUUUGCAGUAUGAGUGCCUCGUCUCAACAAGGCCAGACCGCCGCGACUUCUUUCUACACGAAACUGGACCUGUCCGAAGGAGAUAGCACGAGCUCUACUCAUCUGGCCUGCAAGAAUGCUGCUUCCGACGUCAUACAGCUUCCUCGAUCAACGCGGACGACUCGCUAUCCUUUUUAUCUCGAUGGCGAGCAGGUUCUUUCCCCAUUUUCCUAUCUCCAUUACGACGUGGAUGAAAUUGCGUCAGAAUACCAGUUUGUUGCGAUUGUCGACAAGUCAUGGCAUCUGACUGCGGGCUUCCUGAUCAGCGAGUUCAACGAUCUGUCUCAGUCUCAUAGCGUGCAGAGAAUUGGCCUGAAGCAUCUCCUUACGGCUGGGCUGGAUUUCGAAAUGCCGUCGGACCGCCCCAUGGUCACCGAAGUCAAGAUUCCGUCAAUGCGAUCAAGUCUCCUCGCAUACAACCUCGAGAUUAGCAAGAAAGCUUGCCAAGGGAGAAAUGCCGACGAACUAUUUACGCCCCUCGUGAGGCAAUAUCUGACGGAGCCCUACGAAUCAAAGUUUUACGUCAACGUCAGCCGAGCCUCCAUCAGUCUUCACGGAGUGGCUCCGUACGUUCCUCCUCCAAUGACACCCAGGCUGGAUGGAGAGGAUGGAUUGAGCCUUCAGUUUUGGACUGAUCCGACAUGCGGCGGAAGCGUACGCGUGAAACUGACAGUGGAUUUCAUGGGAAGCAUGGGCAAACUUUAUAUGCGUUACCGCACUGUAUUUGCUUGUUUCCCCCUACUCGUUGCUGCUCUUGUCCUCAGCAAGCAGUUCAACAUUUAUGAUGAGACGGGCGUCUUCAUUCCUUUCACGCAAGGCCUGGACCUAGCGUUGAGACGGUCUAUUCCUCUUCUCCUCGCUGGUCUCACCGUCUUAUCCAUCGUUAUGGGCGAGUCUGAAGCCAGCUCGAGCGCAUCACCCCUAUCGGAACAUUAUCACCGGCAGAAUACAACCGACACCAACGCUGUGGACUUUUAUCAGAACGAUCUCCUGAUCGGCACGAGGGAUAUCUUCUUCUGGUUCAUGGUGCCAUUGAUCGGUCUGGUCAGCAUUGGCGCUUGUGCAGCCCUCAACUACAGCUUUCUGGGUUUGUCGCAGCUGCUUUCCUUCCUUUUCGGCCUGCUCAAGGUUCGCUUUGCAUGGCGAAACCGGCACGAUGGGUACCGCAACGGGUCAGCAUCUCCCUCGUCUACAAAGACGUCUUUUCGAGUGUGCUCACCCCGCCGGCGUGUGGUCACAACAUUGAUACUGCUUUUUUUCGUUGCCACCUUUGUGCCAUACCAGUUCGCAUACGUGGUCUGCUGCAUCGUGCAACUUACAACGACUGUGCGAGCGCUAAGAAUCACGUCAGAUGCGCAGAUGGCUCCAUCCUCGUCGAACGCUACAUCAUCAGAAAAGUCCGCGACCAACAGCACAAACCAGCACAACCUGAAUUUCUACAACUAUGUUCACUCGAUACUAGUUUUGAUGAUUUGGGUCAUGCCCAUAGAUGUGCCAGUUCUGCUCGUCUGGGUCCGCAAUUUGGCGUUGAACUGGAUGACGCCCUUCUCAUCCCACCAUAACGUUCUGUCCAUCAUUCCAUUCAUUGUGCUGGUGGAGACACAUACAACGGGUAAGAUGGUGCCGCGUGUAACCUCGCGCCCGCUCCGCCACGUUUCAGGCAUCAUUCUCACCGGCACAGCGGUCUACGCGGCAAUAUAUGGCGUUUCAUACGCAUACGUGCUGCAUCACCUCGUCAAUAUCUUUGCGGCCUGGCUAGUCGCGGUUCAUCUGACAACUGCGGCUGCUGCCGUUGCCGGGAGCAGCAACGGUGGGGGUUUUGCGUCUUUCUCGUCUUCCUCUUACACGAUGUCGUCAAUCUCGUCAUUGUUUGAGAAUGGACAAGUUAUUGAUCAGAAAGGGGGCAAGAUCCCAUAA